AUGCUGAGGAUGCUGCCGCCGGAGGAGGCUGGUUCCUGGCGAUGCUGGGGGGGCCACGGGGCCUCAGCAGCUCCUGAACCCCCUUCUUGCCCCGUCCGUCCCCAGAGCAACUGCAUCAAGACCUCCAAGUACAACAUCGUCACCUUCCUGCCCGUCAACCUCUUCGAGCAGUUCCAGGAAGUGGCCAACACCUAUUUCCUCUUCCUCCUCAUCCUGCAGCUGAUCCCGCAGAUCUCUUCGCUCUCCUGGUUCACCACCAUCGUGCCUUUAGUUCUUGUCUUAACCAUCACAGCUGUCAAAGACGCCACCGACGACUAUUUCCGCCAUAAAAGUGACAACCAGGUGAACAACCGGCAGUCUCAGGUGCUGAUCGGUGGAGUCCUCCGUCAGGAGCAGUGGAUGAACGUCCGUGUCGGGGACAUCAUCAAGUUGGAGAACAACCAGUUUGUGGCGGCCGACCUCCUCCUCCUCUGCAGCAGCGAACCCCAUGGGUUGUGCUACAUAGAGACGGCGGAGCUGGACGGAGAGACCAACAUGAAGGUGCGGCAGGCCAUCCCCGUCACCUCGGAGCUGGGUGACACCAGCAAGCUGGCUCGGUUCGAUGGCGAGGUGAUCUGUGAACCCCCCAACAACAAACUGGACAAGUUUGGUGGGACGCUGUACUGGAAGGAGAACAAGUACCCCCUGAGCAACCAGAACAUGCUGCUGCGGGGCUGCGUCCUGCGCAACACCGAGUGGUGCUUCGGCCUCGUCAUCUUUGCAGGGCCCGACACGAAGCUGAUGCAGAACAGUGGCCGGACCAAGUUCAAGCGGACGAGCAUCGAUCGGCUGAUGAACACGCUGGUGCUCUGGAUCUUCGGGUUCUUGGUGUGCAUGGGGGUGAUCCUGGCCAUCGGCAACGCCAUCUGGGAGCACGAGGUGGGCGUCUGCUUCCAGAUCUACCUGCCCUGGGAUGAGGGGGUGCACAGUGCCUUCUUCUCCGGCUUUCUCUCCUUCUGGUCCUACAUCAUCAUCCUCAACACUGUGGUGCCCAUCUCGCUCUACGUGAGCGUGGAGGUGAUCCGUCUCGGGCACAGCUACUUCAUCAACUGGGACAAGAAGAUGUACUGUGCCAAGCGCCGGACGCCGGCUGAGGCCCGGACCACCACCCUCAACGAGGAGCUGGGGCAGGUGGAGUACAUCUUUUCCGACAAGACUGGCACCCUCACCCAGAACAUCAUGGUCUUCAGCAAGUGCUCCGUGAACGGGCACAGCUACGGUGAUGUGCAGGACGUGCUGGGUCACAAGGCGGAGCUGGGAGAGAGGCCAGAGCCAGUUGACUUCUCCUUCAACCCCCUGGCGGACCCACGGUUCCAGUUCUGGGACCCCAGCCUGCUGGAAGCCGUCAAGCUGGGAGAUCCCCUUGUGCACGAGUUCUUCCGCCUGCUCUCACUCUGCCACACCGUCAUGUCUGAGGAGAAGAGCGAAGGGGAGCUGUAUUACAAGGCUCAGUCCCCGGACGAGGGAGCGCUGGUCACGGCUGCCAGAAACUUUGGCUUCGUGUUCCGGUCCCGUACGCCCAAGACCAUCACGGUGCACGAGCUGGGUCAAGCCAUCACCUACCAGCUGCUGGCCAUCCUGGACUUCAACAACAUCCGCAAGCGCAUGUCUGUCAUCGUCCGCAGCCCCGAGGGCAAGAUCCGGCUGUACUGCAAAGGUGCUGACACCAUCCUGCUGGAGCGCCUGCACCCCGUCAACCAGGACCUCACCAACGUCACCACCGACCACCUCAACGAAUAUGCUGGUGAGGGGCUGCGGACGCUGGUGCUGGCCUACAAAGACCUAGAGGAGGGCUACUACCAGGACUGGUCGGAGCGGCUGCACCGAGCCGGCAGCGCUCCCGAGGCCCGUGAGGAUCGCCUGGCUCGGCUGUACGACGAGGUGGAGCAUGAUAUGAUGCUGCUGGGAGCCACAGCCAUCGAAGACAAACUGCAGCAGGGAGUCCCUGAAACCAUCGCCAUCCUGACGCUGGCCAACAUCAAGAUCUGGGUGCUGACGGGGGACAAACAGGAAACGGCUGUGAACAUUGGCUACUCCUGCAAGAUGCUGACGGACGACAUGACGGAGGUGUUUGUGGUCACGGGCCACACCGUGCUGGAGGUGCGAGAGGAGCUCAGGAAAGCCCGGGAGAAGAUGAUGGACGCAUCACGCUCCAUGGGCAAUGGCUUCUCCUACCAGGAGAAACUCUCCUCCUCCAAGCUCACCUCCGUGCUGGAAGCCAUCGCGGGCGAAUACGCCCUGGUCAUCAACGGGCACAGCCUGGCCCACGCGCUGGAGGCUGACAUGGAGGUGGAGUUCCUGGAGACGGCCUGUGCCUGCAAAGCCGUCAUCUGCUGCCGCGUCACACCCUUGCAGAAAGCCCAGGUGGUGGAGCUGGUGAAGAAGUACAAGAAAGCUGUGACCCUGGCCAUCGGGGACGGGGCCAACGACGUCAGCAUGAUCAAGACCGCCCACAUCGGGGUGGGCAUCAGCGGGCAGGAGGGCAUCCAGGCCGUGCUGGCCUCCGACUACUCCUUCUCGCAGUUCAAGUUCCUGCAGCGCCUGCUCCUGGUGCACGGGCGCUGGUCCUACCUUCGCAUGUGCAAGUUCCUCUGCUACUUCUUCUACAAGAACUUCGCCUUCACCAUGGUCCAUUUCUGGUUUGGCUUCUUCUGCGGCUUCUCAGCCCAGACCGUGUACGACCAAUACUUCAUCACUCUCUACAACAUCGUCUACACGUCGCUGCCUGUGCUUGCCAUGGGCGUCUUCGACCAGGACGUGCCGGAGCAGCGGAGCAUGGAGUACCCCAAGCUCUAUGAGCCCGGGCAGCUGAACCUGCUCUUCAACAAGCGGGAGUUCUUCAUCUGCAUCGCCCAGGGCAUCUACACCUCUGUCCUCAUGUUCUUCAUCCCCUACGGCGUCUUCGCUGACGCCACCCGCGAUGAUGGCGCCCAGCUGGCCGACUACCAGUCCUUUGCUGUCACCGUGGCCACCUCCCUCGUCAUCGUUGUCAGCGUGCAGAUCGGGCUGGACACGGGCUUCUGGACGGCCAUCAACCACUUCUUCAUCUGGGGCAGCCUGGCUGCCUACUUUGCCAUCCUUUUCACCAUGCACAGCGACGGCCUCUUCCAGAUGUUCCCCAAUCAGUUCCGCUUCGUGGGUAACGCGCAGAACACACUGGCCCAGCCCACGGUCUGGCUGACCAUCGCCCUCACCACUGUGGUCUGCAUCAUGCCCGUGGUGGCCUUUCGCUUCCUCAAGCUGGACCUGAAACCCGAACUCUCGGACACGGUGCGCUACACUCAGCUGGUACGGAAGAAGCAGAAGACGCAGCACCGGUGCAUGCGGCGCGUGGGGCGCGUGGGGUCGCGCCGCUCGGGCUACGCCUUCUCCCACCAGGAGGGUUUCGGGGAGCUCAUCAUGUCGGGCAAGAACAUGCGGCUCAGCUCCCUGGCCCUCUCCAGCUUCGCCGCCCGCCCCAGCGCCGGCUGGAUCGAGACCCUGCGCAAGAAGAAGGGCAGCGACGGCAGCGCCGCCGGCAGCCCCAGCGCCGCGCCGGACAAGGCGCUCAAGGUCUGA